AUUGGAAAAGUCGCCGGCAAAUUUAAAAUCAUAUCGUCGCCUUCGUCCCCAAUGAAAUAUCUUCUCGUAGAUUCGCCGCCGCUCAAAAAACGGCAACGAUGUUCCUUCCCCGCGUGAUCUCCACGCGCAUCCAGCCAUUAGUCGCUUCUCGCCUCUUCUCCGCCGCUCAUCUUCUGGAAUACUACACGGAGAAGCCGCCGAUCAAACCCUGGCCGCAGAGGCUAUUCCCGAAGAGGUUGGUCUCCAUGAUCACCCAACAGCAGAACAUCGAUCUCGCUCUCCAGAUGUUUCUCUACGCCGGUAAAUCGCAUCCCGGUUUCACUCAUAAUUACGAUACUUACCACUCCAUCCUCUUCAAACUAUCACGUGCUCGUGCUUUCGAUCCCGUGGAGCCUCUCUUGGCAGAUCUUCGGAGCUCCUACCCGCCGAUCAAAUGCGGCGAGAAUCUUUUCAUCGACUUGCUCCGAAACUACGGCCUCGCGGGUCGAUACGAAUCUUCUGUGAGGAUCUUCCUUCGGAUCCCUGAUUUCGGCGUGAAACGUUCGGUUCGAUCGCUAAACACGCUCUUAAACGUUCUAAUCCAGAACAAGAGAUUCGAUUUGGUUCAUGCCAUGUUUAAGAACUGCAAGGAGUCUUUCGGCAUCACGCCCAACAUCUUCACUUGUAAUCUACUCGUCAAGGCUCUCUGCAAGAAGAAUGAUAUAGAGAGUGCAUUUAAAGUGCUCGACGAAAUUCCCGCCAUGGGUUUGGUGCCAAAUUUGGUGACUUACACUACGAUUCUAGGUGGUUACGUUGCCAGAGGCGAUAUGGAAGCGGCCAAGCGGGUUUUGAGAGAGAUGAUGGAUCGUGGCUGGGAUCCGGAUGCGACCACUUACACUGUUCUCAUGGAUGGUUACUGUAAGUUAGGGAGAUUCUCUGAGGCGGCUAUGGUGAUGGAUGACAUGGAAAAGAACGAGAUUGAGCCAAAUGAAGUGACAUAUGGAGUUAUGAUCGGAGCUUUAUGCAAGGAGAAGAAAGCUGGGGAAGCACGAAACAUGUUGGAUGAAAUGAUUGACAGAAGUUUCGUGCCAGAUUCUUCACUUUGCUGUAAAGUUAUCGACGCGCUGUGUGAAGACCAUAAGGUAGAUGAAGCGUGUAGCCUGUGGAGAAAAAUGCUGAAGAACAACUGUAUGCCUGAUAAUGCUCUUCUGAGCACUCUCAUACAUUGGCUCUGCAAAGAUGGGAGAGUUUCAGAGGCGAGGAAAUUGUUCGACGAGUUUGAGAAAGGCUCGAUCCCCAGUCUCUUGACGUACAACACUUUGAUUUCUGGGAUGUGCGAGAAGGGAGAGUUGACUGAGGCGGGUCGGUUAUGGGACGACAUGGUUGAGAGGAGAUGCAAGCCGAAUGCUUUCACUUAUAACGUUUUGAUCGAAGGCUUGUCUAAGAACGGGAAUGUUAAAGAAGGAGUCAGGGUUCUUGAAGAGAUGCUGGAGAAGGGUUGCUUUCCUAACAAAACAACGUUCUUGAUAUUGUUCGAGGGGUUGCAGAAGUUAGGGAAAGAAGAGGAUGCGAUCAAGAUUGUAUCAAUGGCUGUUAUGAGCGGGAAGGUCGAUAAAGAAUCUUGGGAACUUUUCUUGAAGAAAUUUGCUGGUGAACUAGAUAAAGGGGUUGUGGUUCUUGAAGAGCUGUUGCGUGAAAGUUCUGCCUCUUGAAGAACCAAGACUCUGAUCAUUAACUCAAUGCUGAA